UGACACGGCGUUCUUCCAGUCUCCAUCAAUGAAUCUUAAUAUUACCGGAAACAAUUUUGGUAACGCAGACGAGAUUUUAUACUUCCGGUUCUGCAAUCAGCCAAAAGAAUUAACAAAUUAUUCAAACAUCAUCAAUAUUUCAAGAAACAUAUUUAAUAGUUCUAGAGAUGGGGUAGAUAUUGUUAUCUAUAAAUAUUAUUCCAAUGAAAAAAGCCACGCGAUAUAUGUUACCAAUAACGUCUUUGGAUAUACGGAAGGAACAACAAGGCGCCGUAUUAAUUCUUAUGGAUAUACGAAUAUUGUAACGGAUAAACAUUCUCUGGUGGUUGACUCAAACCUAUUCGCCAAUUCAACUGGCAGAGUUAUAGGUUUAACUCUGGGAUACGACAGCGUCAAUAUUAGUAAUAAUACGUUUACAGACAAUUCGCAGUGUAUUCAUAUUUCGAACCCACGAUCAAUGGAUGCAGUUAAUAUUUUACAAAAUGUCUUUGUUAAUAAUACACUAACAGAUGGGGUGAUUUAUCUGGAUAAAAUCAUUAAUAAUAAUACCAAAAUUAUUUACAACAAUUUUGUUAACAAUACCAACACAGUUAUUGCUUUUAGAUCUCCAAACACGACCAUCAGGUAUAACUUCUUUGAAAACGGUGAAGACAUUUAUAAUCUGUUAGUUUUAGCAGAAGGUAAACAUGCCGAUAAAAUUGUCAACGCAUCCCUAAAUUUUUGGGGAACAACAGACGUCAAGGGCAUUGCAAAAACGAUCUACGACCAAGAAUAUGAUGAGACGUUAAUGGAUAUAAUUACCAGACCGUACCUAGGAUCCAGAAAUAUAACGGAUAUUCAAGACAAAGAGAUUAGUUUCGUUACACCAGAUGGCGAAAUUGGAGGAACCGUGAAUGGAAUAGCAAAUUUGACAAUCGACCAAAGUCCGUAUUUGGUUGUUUCGAAUGUAGAAGUUGAAGAAACAGACAUACUAACUGUAGACGCUGGUGUUGUGUUGAUUAUUAAAGCAGGUGUUGGGAUUAAAGUGUAUGGUGAAAUAAAUAUUCGUGGAACAGAAGAAAACCGCGUGCAGAUGCUAUCAGAAGUAACAGGAAUGCCUUGGAGAGGGAUAGAUAUACGAGCCGUAAAAGAUUGUUAUAUUCAUUACCUCUACCUAAAUGACACGCAAGAAGGACUUACAAUUGCAAGAUCGACCGUAUAUAUCGAUAAUAUCACCUCAGCUCAUGCAGGUCAGUCAGGGGUUGUGGUUGAUGUUCAAGAAGAUAAAUCGUUUGGUCAGUCAAACUUAACAAUGAGUAAUGUAGUCGUAGAAAAUAACGGUUUGGAUGGUAUUCGUGUAACUGGGGAAUCAGAAAAUGUGGUCAAGGUCACAGUAGAGAAUUGCAGCAUUGCCAACAAUGGCCAACAUGGUGUAAACGCUGAGACAAACGCCUAUAUACAAUUUGAACAUUGUAUUAUAAGAAACAACGCUAAAAGCGGAAUAUAUCUAAAACAAAGUGGUUCAGGUUUUAUGGAUAUGAAUGAUUCAGUUAUCACAAACAACACCAAUAACGCAGUAACUGGGCAGAUUUCGGGAGGAAUAUUUAUCAACUCAAGCAACAUAACAAAUCAUAACAACGGAUACUUUAAUUAUUGGGGUUCUUGGUCAACCAGCAGUUACAUCGAUUUAACAACAACAACAGCUAACAUAAAAGAAACUUUAGUUGAGUUUAGCAAUACAAACUUUAAAGACAACAUCGCCGAUGGCAUACAUAUUUCAAAAAAUUACUACGCCAAUAUAGAUCAAUUGUCUGUAAACAUUAAAAAUUGUAUUUUCUCAGGCGGGAAUCGUACGCUUCUUUUAAGCGAUAACUCCGGUCGGUAUUUGUUGAGUCAUAUGAAUAUAACGUUUUUGAAUAAUAUAAUAGAAAAUAACAUAUGGUCAUACAGACAUAGUGACACAUCUCUUAUAAAGCUAUCGUUUGCCGAUUACUACCAAGUAGAAAUGAAAGGUAAUAUCUUUAGAAACAAUUUCGCCGAUACCGGUUUACAAUUCUCUAAAACACGACAAAGAUUUAAUGGCAACAUCACAGUCUUUGAGAAUGGUUUUCUCGAGAACAACUUCUUAUUGUCAACAAUAGAUGUCCAAAGUAAUGUAGCUUUUAAAUUGCAUAAGAACAUAUUUAAAACAAAAAUUAGUCAUGACUGCAUAAUCGUGGCACCAACAUUUGAUAUCUCAUAUGCAAUCAACGCCACGUACAAUUAUUGGGGAACAACAUCUGCUAAGAUAGUUGUUACAAAGGUGUGCAGUUUCGACAAGGACAUGGGCAAGAGCUAUGUAUGGUACAUGCCCUUCUAUAAAGAUGACGAUCUCGUUGAAACUGUCUCUGAAAAGCAAGAUACAUUGAAUGUAUCCGGAUCGUUCGGUGGAGAAAUUACAGAUGACAUCACUCUGUCAAAAAGUGAAUUUCCAUCUUCCAUUAGAAUUGACCGCUCUAUAAUGAUAAGAAAAGGGGCCUCGCUAAAUGUAGAAGCAGGUGUUGUGCUGCAAUUUGAAAGCAACAGAGGAAUUUAUGUUCAAGGCUCCCUGAAAUUGCUUGGAGGGAAAACAUCAAUUGUAUUGGAAAAUGCAACGGACGCUCUGCACUGGUAUGGUGUAAUGAUAAAUUCUUCUUCUGUAGCAAAUGAAGACAAAACGGUGAUUUAUAACACAAGGAUUAAGCAGACGAUAUAUGGAGUUACUUUAUACUCCCAGAAUGUGGAAAUCAAAAGAAGUCAGAUAGGAAAUUCUACUUCCCAUUGUUUAACAAUAUAUCAAUCCUCACAGCAACAUAUCUACGACUUCGAAUUGUCUCGGUUAGAAAAUUGUUCCGAUCAUGGUAUUUACAUUGUUGGAGAUGGAAUAACAACUGUAACCAAUGUUAAAAUAAAUGUGACAAAAAUUGGAAUUGGACUUAAUACUAGGUAUGGUUUAGUGGAAAUACGUUCCGUUAAUAUCUCAGAAUCCAAAAACGAGGCUGUUCUCGUUUCGUUUUCGGACAGUAGACAAUCGGGAAACAUAACUGUUGAAAGCUGCUCGUUUUUUAACUGCUCAAAAGGAGUUUCCGUAUCAUCACAAAAUUAUUUUAAUCAUAAUUUCAUUAAAAUUUCCCGAAAUACGUUUACAAACAUCUCGACAGAGGCGCUUCAUGUUGUUCUACCUUCGUACCGUUACUAUUAUGCAAACAACCAAGCCAAUAGAACUAUAGAUAUAAAUCUUAACACUUUUCGAAAUUCAUGCGGAGUUGUUUUUGAAACUUGGAACAAUGUCAACCUGACCUUUCACGACAAUGUAUUUUCAAAUGCUCAUUGUGCUGACGAGAAUUCGUGCUUCCUUACAGCAAACGCCAACGGAAAUAACAGAUAUACAGCCACAAGGCAAUUCGACAUUUCCACAAAUGCAUUUCAGAACAUAACUUGUAAAUGUUUAGCUAAGCUGAAAGACGAUAACUUACAAAAUCUUGCGGGAAACUUUGUUUAUAAUCAAAUGUUGGACAUAUCGGCAAGCGAAGCAGUGACAAUACUGGAUGCCUUGUACAUUAAUGUUUCAAGCAAUAUAUUUAACAAUCCCGAUACAUCUUUCGACGUUUAUGCAUACAAAAGAGGAUCUGGGUCUGUCAAUAUCACUCAGAACUGGUGGGGAAGUUCAGAUGAUGAUCAAGUUUAUAACAGAAUUUUUGAUCAACGCCGUGAUGCGACACUGGUUCGAUUUGAUGUCGACCCUGUUUUAACCGAACGCAUCAUUGACUGCACUGGAGUAAACAACUGUAGUUUACACGGAGAAUGUGUCAGACCUAACCGAUGCCGAUGUUACUCAGGUUGGACAGGGGAAAGCUGUAUUGAUUAUGACUGUGCAGGGGUCAAUGGUUGCUAUGGCAACGGUGAAUGUACGGGACCUAAUACUUGUAAAUGCAACGAAGGUUGGAGCGGGUCGUUAUGUAUUGUUGCGUCGUGCGCCAACGUCAACAACUGUAGCGGACAUGGGAUUUGUGUUCGGCCAAAUAUGUGCACAUGCGCAGUUACGUUUACUGGAGAUGACUGCAGUUCAUGUGUUCCCUUACACUGGGGGUCCCAGUGUAGACCAUGCCCCAACUGUCAACAUGGAGCGUGUAACCUUGAGACUGGUAUCUGUGAAUGUGAAAGUGAAAACUGGUCUGGAUACCUCUGCGAUAAGUGCAGUGAAACUUUCUAUGGUCCAGAGUGCUUGCCUUUAAUCAAAGUACUUAAAAUUGUACCAAACCAAGGUUUAGAUAAAGGCGGAAAUCUUGUACAUGUAUGGGGCCAUAAUUUCCCAAAUACAUCCAAAGGGGCGUAUACAUGUAAAUUUGGGACAGUAGAAUCAAAUGGGACAUGGUUGGCCUGGAACCACGUGGUAUGUCCUGCGCCGAAACUUCAGGAAGGGGUAGUUGCCCUUGAAAUUUCACCUGAUGGUGUGGAAUUUACAAAUGAUAAGUUGAUGUAUUUCUUUUAUGCAUCAUGUCCUCCUGGGUCUUGUGGGCGGAGCUUCAAUCCAUCACGUGGUCAGUGUUUAUUUGGAGGCUGUUCCUGUUUCCUCCCCUGGACGGGAGAUAACUGUGAUAAAGAGUUACUUGCACCUGUCAUAAUUGCACCAUCAUUUGAUCAGACAGUUGAAGAGGCAGACUCGUAUUCUGUACAACUUAACCUCACGAAGGGGAGUCCACCAAUUUUAUGGUCACUUUUAAAAGGUCCACCAGGAAUGACUAUAGAUGACCGAACUGGAUUGGUUAGCUGGAAAUACGCCUAUGCAAAAUCCAUUGCCUAUAAGAUAGAAGCAAGGGCGAAAAAUAUUAUCGGCAAGGAUACUGUUACAUGGAAUCUAAACGUUCCAAUCUCAUAUUCAGUUGCUGUUGAAAGUAUAGAACCAAGUGGGACUCUUCCCGUGCCUCGGGCAGUUGAAAUAGUUGGCACAGUUACUUUCUCGAAUAUAGAGAAACAGCGUGUGGUUCCACUAGAUAUCAUUGUUACCAGUGCAAGAACUGGUCGUGAAACUGUAAUCCAGGAACUGACAGACCCGCUAGCUCCAACCACUUUCAAGGCCAUUUAUUACCCAAGACCCGAUGACGCUGGAGUGUUCAUUGCAAGUGUUCGCCAUCCUGGGGCAUCUUCAACCGCUGGAGCAAAUGUCACGUGGUCUGUACUGGGCAUGCGCUGUGAGCCAUCGUCUGUUUCCGUAAAUGAGAAAAUUCUUUCUGACGAUGGGAUUGUUACAGUAAAUGGUAUCUCUUCACUUAUCAACAUAGGUAACGGUGUGAUUGACGGCAUAUCAGCAAAGGUCGAUGGUUUACCUGGUGCCUUUAUUCGAAAAUCUGGAGACACUGAAAGUUCACAAUUUUUUCUUCCAAAUCUUGCAGCCAGUGACAAUAUAGAGUUUGACUUAGUCAUAAAAAAUGCUAAGCCAUUGUCAGGAACAAUAUACGUGGUAUUUUCUGCAGCGGAAGGAACAUCUACUCGCUUAACGGUUUAUAUCAAACUCUCUGUACAGAAGCCUGUUUUAAUUUUUGAUCCGCCAUCAUUCCGUGAAAAUAUCGUGCGGGGCAAUAUUCGCGUCUUUGAUAUUAAGAUUAACAAUACUGGAGAGGUUGAAGCAAAAAGCGUUAUUGUAAGUUUGCCGAGUGAUGCAAGAUUGUCUCUGGUAGCUUUUACGGUGCUUGGUCUUGAGACCACUUCGGAUGAAUAUAUCACGAUCCCGUCUGGCGGAGCAGCACUACUUUCUAUUGCAGUCACAACGGAGAAAACUGCAGCGCUUGGCGAAAUGAGUGGAACUAUUUUCAUUAAUUCCGAUCUAACUUCAACACCGUUUUCAUAUAGGUUCUAUAUAACAUCUUUACAGAAAUUUAAUUUAACUUUCACCAUUAAAGAUGAAUAUACAUAUUUUGCUGAGGGCUCUCCGUUAGUAAGCAAUGCCAAGGUCAGACUUGUGAAUCCAAGACGAGGCUACUCGGAAACGAAGUACACGACGAACGAAACAGGAUACGUUAUGUUUGAGAAUGUUUUCGAAGACCAAUAUUCUCUGUAUGCCGAGGCUGAAGGCCAUUCUUCAUAUGGGGCCAUUAUUCUUGUAACACCUGACACCACGGAGCAGGAUAUAUUUCUACAACGUGUUGCUGUAAAGUAUACUUGGACAGUGGAACCUACAACAGUACAAGACGUUUAUAUUAUAGAGUUAGAAUCGACCUUCGAAACCUAUGUUCCGAUGCCGGUUGUUACAAUAGAGCCAGCAAAGGUCAACACAAUACCUUUAGAACUCGAAGAAACGGACACUAUAAACUUUAAUAUUACUAAUCAUGGUCUUAUCAGGGCAAACAAUGUUCGGUUUACACUACCAACAGGGCACCCUUACCUUAAUUUUGAAUUGACUGUAGACUUCAUCGGGAGUGUUGAUGCCAACACAUCGAUAAUAGUUCCAGUCAAGGCAACAUUAAAGAACAGAGUAAAAAGGAACGCAGCGGCUCUUGCUGUCUGUGGUCUUGCAUUGCUCUAUGACUAUGAUUGUGGGGGAACACAGACGCGUGCUCUUGACGUCACACUUACACGCGAGUAUCCAGGGAGACCUCCUCUUCCAUGUGGUUUAAGCGGAGGCGGAGGCGGUGGAGGUGGAGGAGGAGGAGGCGGAGGAGGAGGAGGGGUAUAUUAUUCGGGUGGUGGUUCCGGGACAGGAAGUGGUUCUUCGGUGACCUAUAAUCCCACAACGCCAUUAUCAUGUGACUGUGCAAAGACUCUUAUCAAAAGUUGUGCAUUAGCGUAUCACCCGAUAGCUGGUUGUGCAAUAGCUGCUGCAGACCUUGGGACGUCAUAUUCCAGAAGCGAUGGAGACUUUAUUAUAGGGACGCUAAACGCUAUCCUUGGGCUAGCUGACACGGCAAUGGCCUGUGUUUUUGGUGUUUUGUGCAGUUUAUGUGGACUCUUCUACACGACGAUAAGAUGUAUGAUUGAUGUCGCAUAUAACUGUGACGGUGCCAGACGACGGCGGGAAAUUGGUUCAGAAGUUGUCAAUAACUUGCUAACAACAGCUAAACCGAUGGACAACUUUCUGUAUAUGAUGACAGAAAUUCUUGGAGAUGAAGCAAUGUUUGUUUAUGAAAUGUAUAAUAUCGAAACGGCAUGGUAUCCAGCUUUCAAGAAAACUGUAGGCGAAGACAGCGAGCUUGGUACCCUGUUGUCAAAUAAUGAAGCAACACGCGUUUUGGACGCAUUGACUGAACAAGCAUCUAGAACAAAUCUGAGCAGAUUUCUAGACCGCUGGAAUAAUACUGCGGCAGCAUGGGAGAACGGCACACUAACUGAGCUUGAGGAUACAAGUCGUGUUAUAAGUCUCACUCGAUUAACACCUAGAAUCGAACAGUAUCUAAAUGAUGUAGAGAGUGCACAGGCAAAAGGGUUUGACUCAAUAUUUGAUGACUUUGACCAUGCAACUAAUGCAUAUAAAACAGCGGAACAGCAACAGAGUACUUCAAGUGGCGGCACACAGAAAGAUGAAGGUGUAUGUGCACGUGUACGAGUGAGGAUUAUACAGGAGCUGGUCCUAACAAGGGACGCCUUUAAUGCAAGACUUGAAAUCGAGAAUGGUGAAAGUUCAAACUUGGAAUCCAUUAAAGUUGAAAUACAGAUAAAACAGACUUUUGGAACAGGCGAACUGACAAAUGACAAAUUUUCAAUCGGCACACCGACAUUGAUCGGCAUUAGCGGUGUGGAUGGGACAGGCACAUUAGAAAAAGAUUUAUCUGGUUCCGCAGAAUGGCUAAUCAUUCCGUAUAGUAACGCUGCACCAGAAGACGACACCCAGUAUGAUAUUGGCGGACGUUUAUCAUACAGUGUUGGUGGUUCGGAAUUUUCAGUUCCGCUUUUACCUGAUACCAUUACCGUGAAGCCAAAUCCAAGUCUUAUUGUUCAUUAUUUCCAUGAAAAAUAUGUAAGAGGUGAUGAUGCGCUCACGCCAGAAAUUGAGCCGAUUGUGCCGUUCAGUCUGGCUGUCUUGGUAAUGAACAAUGGAUAUGGCGUAGCUAGAGCUUUGAAGAUAACCUCUGGACAGCCAGAAAUAAUUGAAAAUGAAAAAGGUUUACUCAUCACAUUCAAAAUAAUAGGUGCACAGUUGGGAAAUAACCCAAUAUCUCCUUCAUUGGCUGUCAAUUUUGGUGACAUUUCGUCUUUCGAAACGAAAACGGCAAGAUGGCUUAUGACCUCAACGCUAAUGGGGACUUUCUACAACUACACUGCUACAUUUGAGAAUAUAAAUCCCCUUGGUGAUCCCCAGCUUUCACUAUUAGAUGACUUAGGAUAUCAUGAAUUGAUUCAUCUUGUCAGAAUUGAGUUUCCUGACCAGGAUGAUGGCUUAGACGAUUUCCUUGUAAAUGAUUUUGUUGAUGACGAAGGAAUGCCGGACAAAUUAUAUAACAGCGCAAAUGGCACCGACACUGUGGAUGUUUACACGGCAAAUAUAACGUAUGUCCAAGUAAACGUAUUUGAUUCUAUGAAAAAUUAUAAAUUUGUUACAGUGACUGUGAAGACAAAUACGUCGAUGUGGUUCUAUGCAAGGAGAGAAAACACCUUUACAAAUCCCGAUUCUGCAAAGAACGAGUUCUUACUUCAUGCUGAAUCUUCUGAUGGAAGAGAAUUGUUUGUUGAUAAAAAUGUUUGGCAAACAACCCAUAUUCUUGAUACAUUUUACCUACAUAUUUUAGAUUUUGUAGAUGUAAAUUCAACGGGCGAUGAGAUGUCAGAGGUUGAGGUAAAUUACACUCUGAUAUACGGUCCCAGAAACAUCUAUGCACCACGUUUCAAUGCGUCAUCCUAUUCAGCUACAAUAUCUAAAUCUCGAUCUGUUGGAUUCGAAAUAAUUACAGUUAAUGCACACGACAUAGACAAAGACAGGAUCGAUUUUAAAUUUAGCAAAGAAAAUGUAACUGCAUUCAAAAUCAGUGCAAAAUCUGAAUCAUCCGCUUCGAUAACUGUAAAUCAAAGUCCCAUGGAACCUGGACUGGUAGUACUAGAAGUGAUUGCGAAGGAUAGCGGAAUCCCUCCGAAGUCUGCCUAUAUCAAUGUCACAAUAAGAAUUACAGAUGCAAACAUUACCGGUACUACAUCUGCUACAACAGCUGCCAAUUUAACAUCGUCUACUGUAUCUACAGAAACAACAAAUGCUACUGCAAUCUCAUCGACCGCUAUGUCAAGUUCAACUUCUACUGUAUCUACAGAAACAACAAAUGCUACUGCAUCGACCGCUAUGUCAAGUUCAACUUCUACUGUAUCUAAAGAAACAACAAAUGCUACUUCAAUCUCAUCGACCACUAUGUCAAGUUCGACUAGUAGUACCUUUUCAACAACCUCAUAUGAAAUGACAACACGUACCACAAAAAGUACUUCGAAUUUUUCAACGUCUGCAAAUGAUACUUAUACUAAUAUGACGACAGUGCCACUUUCAACUGAAUCAACAUCAACAGCAACGCUAAAUACAACAGUACCCAGCACCAUGUCCUCUACACAAGGCGAUACUUCACAGACCACGGUUUCUGGUUCUACAAAAGUAGCAUCGGACAAUGUUGUGUUAUACAUGCUCUUCGUGUUGGCGAUUUAUGCAUAUCACAAACAGAAAAGUUAAAGCCGCAGCUCAAAGGAAAAGAAUAAAGAUCGCAAACAUACAACAUACAAUCGUGUAACCGCGUAGGCUGAAGUAGGAAAACGAAUUUUAUUUUAAAUUAUAAAAUACUUCACAGACGGAAAUCAUAUUAAUUUUAAAUGUACAGCACAAUUGUAUCAUAUCUUAUAUUUGGAACCUUUUGCAUUUUGCAUGUGAUUUGUCUAUGCUUAAAAAGAUAUGCCGAUUAUUUUUGUUUUCUCGUCUUCACAAUAAAUACUAAUUGCACUGUUGUAUAGGUAUCAUUCAUAGUCACCAUCAAUAGCUUGUCACUAUUUCUUUUCAUUCAUUUUGACAUUGGUUCAUAUAACCUUUACAUACAUAAUGUGAAUAGUAACUAAUGAUUCCUCUUAGACAUUCAACAGAGUUUAGAAUUGCUGUCAUUAUUUUCCGUAUUUUUUCAUACAAGUAUAUCAAGCUUUUUUGUUUCAAUACACUUCCAUGAUAAACCUCAUAUAUAUAUAUAUUAUACAGGAAUGUUUAUGUUCAUGUUCUGUAGCUGAUGCUACAUUAUGUACAAAAUAGGUUUGAAGAAAUAAAAUGCUUUUACUUACUUUA